AUGGGGGAACUGAGUCAGGAAUGUGAUGUGAAUGGCAGCUUGUGGCGGGGAGAAGGUGUGUGGGUUAAGGAGUACUUGGCUGGACCACUUUUUCAGUCUGGUUUAACUCAUAACUUCAAAUAUGCUUGUAUCUGCACUGGAAACAAGGACUUGUGGAAGGGCAGAGAUAAGCAGGCUCAUGCAAGCAAAGACCUGGAAGAGCAAUUGCGGUCUGUGUCCAGCGUGGAUGAACUCAUGACAGUACUUUACCCAGAGUACUGGAAAAUGUUCAAAUGUCAGUUGAGGAAAGGAGGUUGGCAACACAACAGGGAACACUCCAGCUUUGACACAAGAUCAGAUGAUUCCAUGAAAUUUGCCGCAGCACACUAUAAUGCAGACAUCCUGAAAAGUAUUGAUACUGAAUGGAGAAAAACUCAGUGCAUGCCACGUGAAGUGUGUGUGGAUGUGGGAAAAGAGUUUGGAGCAACUACAAACACCUUCUUUAAACCCCCAUGUGUAUCCAUCUACAGAUGUGGAGGUUGCUGCAAUAGUGAAGGACUCCAGUGUAUGAAUAUCAGCAAGUACAUCAGCAAGACAUUAUUUGAGAUCACAGUGCCUCUUUCUCAUGGCCCCAAACCUGUAACUGUCAGCUUUGCCAAUCACACAUCCUGCCGAUGCAUGUCGAAGUUGGACGUUUACAGACAAGUUCAUUCCAUCAUAAGACGUUCCUUGCCAGAAACACAAACUCAGUGUCAUGUGGCAAACAAGACCUGUCCAAAAAAUCAUAUUUGGAAUAAUGAAGUUUGCAGAUGUUUGGCACAGCAUGAUUUUGGUUUCUCUUCCCAUCUUGGAGAUUCUGACCCAUCUGAAGCAUUCCAUAUUUGUGGACCAAACAAAGAGCUGGAUGAGGAAACCUGUCAAUGUGUCUGCAAAGGAGGUGUGCGACCCUCAAGCUGUGGACCUCACAAAGAAUUAGACAGAUCGUCAUGUCAGUGCAUAUGCAAAAACAAACUUCUCCCCACUUCCUGUGGGCCCAACAAGGAAUUUGAUGAAGAUAAAUGUCAGUGUGUAUGUAAAAAGACCUGCCCUAAACAUCAGCCACUAAAUCCUGCAAAAUGCAUUUGUGAAUGUAUAGAAUCUCCCAAUAAAUGCUUCUUAAAAGGAAAAAGGUUCCAUCACCAGACAUGCAGCUGUUACAGACCACCAUGUACAGUCCGAACGAAACGCUGUGAUGCUGGAUUUUAUUUUAGUGAAGAAGUGUGCCGCUGUGUACCCACAUACUGGAAAAGACCACUUAUGAAUUAGUGAAGAGAGCACUACUUGCUAUUUUGGUGUACAUUUUUCCACUAGAACAAAAGAACAACAGAAACUUUGCUAAUAUUUGCAAUUUAAUGUGCACCAGAGACCCUGUGGGACUUUCAGAGACAGACUCGUUACGCUUUUCUCAAGAUGUGGAGAGCAAAUGUAGAAAAUAACUGGGGUUCAUGUUUUGUAAAGAACUCAAUAUGGACUUAUUUUCUGCCAAUGACCAAACAGCCUAGGUUCUUCUUCUUGUGAUUUUUUUUAAGAGAUAAUGACUAUAUAAUUUAUUUCCACUAAAACCAUUGUGCAGCAUUUCUGUUUAUAGCAGUAACAAUUGUUAAAGCUCACUGUGAUCAAUAUUUUUAUAUCUUGCAAAGUAUGUUUAAAAUAAAAUGGAAAUUGUAUUAUAUAAUGGUGAGAA